AUGGCCCCCAGUAGAACUCUUCUGACGGCUGUUGCCCUGCUGGGAGCCAUUGCACAAGCUGCAGGUGUUUCAGGUACUGCUGUUGGGUUCGCGAUAGGCACGACUGGUGGCGGCAAUGCCAGGUCAGCCGCUCCCAGCGACAUCUCCCAACUUACGGGGUGGUUGACUAAGAAACUCCACGGUAGCCAGGAUAAUUGCACCGACUGCAAAUGCUGCAUUCCUUCGUCCAACUCGUGCGGUAGCUCGGUCCAGAACGCUAUUGAUUUGGACUCGUCCUCCUGGUGUGGAAGCUAUCCCACUACGACUUGUACUUACGACAAAGCUGCUAUCGACGGCAUGCAUUUCGCAUCGAACAAAUCUAUUGUUGGUGUUUGUAGUACCGGUGUUAUUCGUGGCAAAGGCUUGCGUCUGGUGAAUGGUGUUAGCAAAGUUAUCAUUCAGAACGUUCAUAUUACCGAGCUUAACCCGUGGUAUAUCUGA